CUGUCUGACUCUCAGGAGCAAAGAAUGAUUGCGAAUUUCUUUUUAAAUUUGAGAUUUAAUGUUUCUUUGCUUGACUGUUAAACUACUUUUAUUUUUCAUGUAAUAUUUAGAAAUAUAUGUUGUGAAAUUGUAUUAAUAGUUGUAGCUUAUCAGUUUUCAUGAAAUUUAAACAAGUCGUAAAUUUUCUUUUUUUCAAAUUAUUUGAUGACAUUUUGUAGCUGUCUUCACCCUUACAAUUUGUGCAAAUGGAUGAUUCCAUGAUUUCUCCAGGAAACAAAAUGGGGGAUUCAGCUUCCGAAAGUGAUUCGAGUUCUCUCGAUGGCGGAGCAAUGCUGCCUCCGAGUACUGUUUCCCGAGAUCAAUUACAGAAAAGGAUUGAAUCACUGCAACAACAAAACAGAGUAUUGAAAGUGGAGCUCGACACUUAUAAACUGAGAGUUAAGGCUCUACAAGAAGAAAAUCGUGCUUUGCGCCAAGCUUCAGUUUCAAUUCAAGCAAAAGCAGAACAGGAGGAAGAAUAUAUUUCUAAUACUUUGCUGAAAAAAAUUCAAGCUCUAAAGAAGGAAAAGGAAACACUUGCACAUCAUUACGAAAGGGAAGAGGAAUGUCUAACAAAUGACCUUUCCCGAAAAUUGAAUCAAUUACGCCAAGAAAAAUGUCGCCUGGAGCAGACCUUAGAGCAAGAACAGGAGUGUUUGGUCAAUAAAUUAAUGCGCAAAAUAGAGAAAUUAGAAGCAGAGACUCUUGCAAAGCAAACUAAUUUAGAAAGACUUCGUAGGGAGAAGGUGGAAUUAGAAAACACAUUAGAACAAGAGCAGGAGGCUUUGGUGAAUAGACUUUGGAAGAGAAUGGAUAAACUAGAAGCUGAAAAACGAUCACUACAGAUUAGGUUGGACCAACCUGUUUCUGAUCCAGCUAGCCCUAGGGACAUCAGUAAUGGUGAUACUGCAUCUAACUUAAGUAAUCACAUCCAAACAUUGAGGUCAGAAGUUGUUAAAUUAAGGAAUCAGCUGGCAGUUUCUCAAAACGAAAAUAAAGAGAAAAUGCAACGAUUUGUGUUAGAAGAGAAACAUAUCAGAGAAGAAAACAUUCGCUUGCACAGAAAGUUGCAACAGGAGGUGGAACGUCGCGAAGCAUUGUGCAGACAUCUUUCUGAAAGCGAAUCUUCACUUGAGAUGGAAGAGGAGAGACAGUUUAAUGAGGCUUUGAGUGCGCGGUCGCGCAGCGUGUCGUCUCCGGGCGGGUCGCGGCCGCUGUCGCCGUACGCGUCGCCGCUGCUGCCCACGCCCGGCCUGCCGCUCUCUCGCCCCACGCUGCACUUUAACUCGCAGGCGAGACGGACGAGCGAGCGGUUCGUGAAGCCGGCGGUGCCGGGCGGCGCGCUGUUGCCGCCGCGCGCGCCGCUCGAGCCGCCCGCCGCGCCCGCGCCCCCCGCGCCGCCCGCGCCGCCCUCGCCCUCCAUGCAGCCCGCCAGCCCCAUGGACACCUCGUCGCGCGACUAGCCCGGGGCCGACGAGCGUUCGCACCGAGUGGUCGCCGCCAGGACGAAGAGAUUCGGCGAGUGUCUGUCUUAAUACAUUUGUCGCUACUCCUGAGACCUAGUAGGCUUCAAAUUACAUUUUCGUUAAACCGUUCACGCAUAAAUGCAACGAAAGCAGAGUAUAUUAGCUUGGCGUUCCUAUCGUGUCGUAUACCCGAGGAGGGACGGGUAGAGCAUCGCUAGUGAAGGAAUUGUGAAGAUAGUGAUACUAAAAUAUAUUAUAAAUAAAACAGAUUUGUUCGUUUUGCGUCGAAGGCGUUUUGCCUUUAUUUUGGAGUAUUGGAAGGUUUAUUGACGUCGAUGAUGACGAUGUUAUCGAUAAGGAGCUGAUGUUUUAUUUGAUUUAAUUGGUAUAUUUUAUUUUUAUUGCCAAGCUCGACUAUUUAUGUACACACUUUUGUUAUAUUGUCACUAUAUUUACUGUAUUUAACUUUUAAAAAUGGCAUUAUGUAUAUACAUAUUGAUAUUUAUUUUAAUGUCUGUUAACCAACUAUUUACACGGUUACAAAUAAGUCGGUGUAUCUACUAACUGUCUACGCAUAACAAUAAAUUAUUCAAAAUAAUUGAGUUAGGUUUUAAGUAAUAAUCUAUUGGUUGACUCAUCAUAUUCCAUAAAAAAGAUUAUUAUAAAAACAAAUAAAAUCGAUGACCACCUGGUAUAAAUCGGGAUAAUCUUAAUGCUACCAAGUGUAAACAAUCCAAUAACAUUUUGGACUUCGAAUAAGCUUCUUUCACAUAUAAUGCGAUUUAGAACGUUUUGAUAUGAUUAAUAUGGUUAUAGAUAAACAAGAUGAUUUGAUGAUUAAAUUAUCAAAAAUAUAUUGUUACUACAUAAGUCCUCGCUGCUGGCCACUUAGUCAGUUUAAAACGGCUUAAAAAUAUCGUAGUUAUUAUUUUAUCGCGAUCGCAUGCAGCCUUCAGGCAAGUGUUAUAUCGCUCACAAGCUCUUGCGUCCUUAGAAAUGUAUGUACUGUGCACAUCACUCACUGCCCUUUAAGACUUGACACGUUCCUUAAAUUAAUGACGUAAUAUUCUAUUCGAAAACAAUUUGAGUUCAUAGUUAUCUAUUAUGUUAACAGAUUUUGCGAGAUUAAUGAAAGAUGCAUAAAAUUUGGACGUACGUUACGAAGCUGCUAAACUCGAAUAUUAGUGAUAAAAAGACAUACAUUAUAUUCAAAUACUGGUUAUUAAUAAAUGUAUUAUUGCUACUUGGGUCGUUUAGGGAACGUUGUAAAGUUUUUUGGAAUAUACCAAUUUCAUAGUGUAAGGAUAUUCCAAGUUAUUGCUGAUUAACCAUUAGAAAUUAAAUUCGGACUUCAUGGUAUGAGGCAGUGGGUUUUAAUGUUGACUGUAUAAAUGCGAACGUGAAUAAAGGGUUGUAGAAGAUUAAAGAUUAUAAUCUAUUUGAUUAAUAUGUUGGGGUUUUGUUGCACUACUCUUAAAUGUUGUAAGCAAAAUGUAUGUUAUGUUUAGAAUGUUGUGUUGUGCUCUUCUCUUAAAGGCAAGUUGUUAAAGAUUGGAAACAUUUCGGAGUAGUGUGCGAACUCUCGAUUCAAUUAUGCAAAUUUUCACUUAAACAGUUUAUUUUUUUCCAAUGUUAAUAAAAGAAAAUAUACGCAUUAAUAUUUA